CUGGUGGCGGCUGGUGGGCGACCGGGCGCAUCCCCAUUGCAGUGCAGCGGCCCUACCCCGGCCCUGGCCUGACCCCGGCGGCCGUGCCCGGCCCUCCCUCCAGGUAAGCGCGCGGCUCGGCGGCGCGGGCUCGGCCUGAGGCCCCGGCUACCGUGGCGUUGUCCCCGGCCUUCGCGGGCGGACCUCUCUGCAGCAAUCUCCUCCACCCGGACCCCGCUCCACCCCGAGACUGCUGCCCCAGAGCUUGGGGGCGCCCACCCCGACCUCCCCCAGUUCCCUCGGCGCUGGGCGGCGGGGCCCUUCUCGCGCGGACGCCCCGCUGCCGCCGCCCCUCCGCCGUGCCGCUCCGCCCUUCGUGCCCCCUUCCCUACGAAGCUGCCCUCCACCCGCACCCCGGAUCUGGAAUCUCCCACCGGUUACGGGAGUCCAGAGGGUCCCUGCCCACGCACGUCGCCUCCCGGGGCUCGAGCAGGACCCUGUCCCGUCCCCUUCAACACCCUCUUCCUGAGCUUCUUCGGACCCAGGACUCGGCCUGGACACAUCCCAGUCGGGUGGCCUCUGAAGCCCGGUGGGGCUUCCACCCCCUGAGAAGUGAGGGUCCUGCUGGGCAGGUGUUGGUGAGCCCAGUCUCUUCAGAAAUGGCAGCCUCAGCUUUCUUGGUUUUCCUCCUUACCUUUUGACGUGGAUGACUGUCUUAAGGGAGGGAGAAAAAGAAACCAGGAAGGGGCUUUUAAAACUUUUCUCAGUUUAUGUGGGUUUAGAGGAACUAUGCUUCUUGCCUGUGCUUUAAACAGCUGUAAUUACAGCCCACCAAUUCUGAGAAGUAAUUCUGCUCAUUUUUUGCAGGUCUAAUGCUCCUGCCAUGCUCUGCUAAUUAUAGCACCAAAGUUCGGCCCUAAAGUGGCCCGGGGAUCGAAGCCCUUAGCUUUGUUUUGGCGUCCCUUUCUGGGACCAUAUCCCUGUCAAAGUUCAGAAGUAAUCCGUGCUUUAGAGAAAGGGCUGUUGUUCUUAGACAUAGGUACUUGAGGCGCUUCAGACCGUUUCUGGGAAUGACUAUUAGUAUUUCUACCUGUCACUGUGUUACAGCCCUAGGGUCUAAGCAGUGUUCUUAAAUAUCUCUUUUGAUCUCACGUAUUGAGAAUGUUCCAACUUAUGAAUCCUGAGUUUUGAAGUCUCCGGGGCUUACCGAACUAAUGCAGAGUGUCCUCACUGGGUUUGACGUUUACUGAAGUCACGUCCACUUGCAGAAGGAGCAUCAUGGCCAGCCCAAGAACCAGGAAGGUUCUUAAAGAAGUCAGGGUACAGGAUGAGAACAACGUUUGUUUUGAGUGCGGCGCGUUCAAUCCUCAGUGGGUCAGUGUGACCUACGGCAUCUGGAUCUGCCUGGAGUGCUCGGGGAGACACCGCGGCCUUGGGGUGCACCUCAGCUUCGUGCGCUCUGUUACUAUGGACAAGUGGAAGGACAUUGAGCUUGAGAAAAUGAAAGCUGGCGGGAAUGCUAAGUUCCGAGAGUUCCUGGAGUCUCAGGAGGACUACGAUCCUUGCUGGUCCUUGCAGGAGAAGUACAACAGCAGAGCCGCGGCCCUCUUUAGGGAUAAGGUGGCCGCUCUGGCCGAAGGCAGAGGGUGGUCUCUGGAGUCAUCACCUGCCCAGAACUGGACCCCACCUCAGCCCAGGACACUGCCGUCCACGGCGCACCGAGCCUCUGGCCAGCCGCAGGGCGUGACCGCCUCCUCAGACAAGGCUUUUGAAGACUGGCUGAACGAUGACCUUGGCUCCUAUCAAGGGGCCCAGGGGAAUCGCUAUGUGGGGUUUGGGAACACGCCACCGCCUCAGAAGAAAGAAGAUGACUUCCUUAACAACGCCAUGUCCUCCCUGUACUCGGGCUGGAGCAGCUUCACCACUGGAGCCAGCCGGUUUGCCUCUGCAGCCAAGGAGGGUGCUACAAAGUUUGGAUCCCAAGCAAGUCAGAAGGCAUCCGAGCUGGGCCACAGCCUGAACGAGAACGUCCUCAAGCCUGCGCAGGAGAAGGUGAAGGAGGGAAAGAUUUUUGAUGAUGUGUCCAGUGGGGUCUCUCAGUUGGCAUCCAAGGUCCAGGGAGUCGGCAGUAAGGGAUGGCGGGAUGUCACCACCUUUUUUUCGGGGAAAGCGGAGGGCCCCUUGGACAGCCCCUCGGAGGGCCACAGUUACCAGAACAGCGGUCCCGACCACUUCCAAAACAGCACCAUAGACCAGAGCUUCUGGGAGACCUUUGGAAGCGCUGAGCCCACCAAGGCCCGCAAGUCCCCAAGCAGCGACAGCUGGACGUGCGCGGACACCUCCACUGAGAGGAGGAGCUCGGACAGCUGGGAGGUGUGGGGCUCGGCCUCCACCAACAGGAACAGCAACAGCGACGGCGGGGAGGGCGGGGAGGGCACCAAGAAGUCUGCGCCGCCGGCCGUGCCCAGCGAUGAUGGCUGGGACAACCAGAACUGGUAGGGCCCACUGCGCCCCCGUCCCCAGCGCCCCCGGGCGACUUCGUGUUUGCACUCUGCCCUCGUCGUUCUUCCUCCUUCCAUUUGACCCAAGAAUCGGCAACUGCAGUGUGAGGACAGCGUCUCGGGAGGCAGGGCCCUAGGGAGACUCGGGUUCGCGCCGCCUGCCGCGUGGGGAGUCUCGGUGCGUGGGGGCGGCUUGCUGUCCAGCCUGUGCAGGGGCCGUCCCGUCCCACACUCCCCCGGGCAUUCUUGGACUCAAGGCAGGGGCUCUGCGUGGCUUGCUGGGAGGUGGGCUGCAGCACAGAGCCCUGUGACUGUUCCAGUGGCCUGUUCACUAUGCAGUGUCUCUGGGGGCUGGGACCAGCCACGUGCCGAGCUGUCAGCGACGUGAAGUGUCCCUUCUCGUUGAGAUAUUUAACUUUGGGUUUGCUCUAGUUCUUUCUUUUUGAAGAGAGUGACUGGAGUGGUAAAGCUGGAAAUGCUGAAAACGAUACUGGCGCUCACACUGCUAUCCAACCACCCUCGGCUCCCAAGUCCACGCCUGUCUGGGCCUGUGCUGUCAAACCCGCAUCGAUCGUAACCCUCUGUGGCUCCCCUGCAUCAGCACUGUCCAACCACCAAGUUCACCAGACACAGCCUCCACAAUAGCCACACCCACACCUGAGCUGUUCUCAGUGCUGGAACUUGACCAUCCUGGAACACCCUGGAAGAAAAAUGAGCACAGGGUGGGCCCUCGGCCCUGAUGCAGGAAGGUGCGACAGCGGACGUGGCCAGGCAGGAGGCCCGGAUUCAGGAACUGAGCAGGGGAUGCCUGUGCGUGGUGCCUGGGCCUAGGGAAGCUCCAGCCCCGGGAUGGGGCUGCCCUGCAGACUGGUGCCCGCCACAUGCCAACCCUCACCUCCCCAAGGACUGGAUGACGUGCUGCCACACGUGACUCAUCUGCCUUGCCAACCCUGUGUGACCCUCGGUCUUGGCCAGCCAUGCAUGCGCCCGAAGCUCGUGCAGUUUGUAUGUGAGGUGCUCGCUCCCCUGCCGCCAUGCUCAUCACUGUGGCCUUGGCCACGCUCCCUGGUUGCCCCGCUUCCCGGUCACCAUCUGCAGCGCUCCUGGAGCAGCCUGGGCCCUUCAGCACCUGUGCUCGUCCCACCCUGGGGACUCAGCCACUUGCGGAACAGGAUGGGACCGAGGUUUCAGCGAGCCCUCCUGGCGCCCGGUCCUCCCUGUGGGCACCAGCCCUCUUGGUAGCUGGUGUGGAGGGCCGGUGUCCUUGGCUGCCACGGAGGGAUUUGAUCACUGAAGCAGCCACACCUGCUGUAGUUGGACCUGAGGUCAGAGGCUCAGGGUGCUGAGCAGCCACCGGGGAAGCGGCCGGCAGAAAGGGCCCAGGAAGCCAGCCCCUGAGAGCUGAGCAUGGGGGUCUUUGCGUGUCUUUCUCCAAGCUGAGACGUGGGCGGCUGUGUGGUGUCUCCUGAGGGCUGCUUGAACCCUGGUGGGCUGAGUGCUCCAGGGAGGGGUGGACUCCACCCUGGACAGUGGGAUGUGGUGUUCCAUGUGCCUGUUUCCACGUCAGCACCUUGACUUGGCAGCAUGGAGCCAAGGUCUGUCCCCGCCCAGGAGGGUGCCUUCCUCGGGGGUAGGGAGACGGCCCACUCUGCCCCAGGGAGUCCCCUUUGAUGGGAAGUGUAGUCAGCAGUGUGGAGGUGUCUGGGCCACCUUCCGAAGGUGAAUGUGGUGGCCGAGACCCCGUCCACAAAGAGUGACGGCCUUUCCCUUCUGCAGGUGGGGGCAGGUGGGCCUGGGACCGGUGCUGGGGCCUCUCCUGGCUGUGUGCAAGGGCCCGUGUGGAAGGCACGGACCUGACAGCAUUCCAAUAAAGCAUACGGGAACAUGCAGAA